CUCCCAAGGGCCCCUCUGCAGUCCAGUUCCCGCAUGGCAACUCUACUCCUCUCUGCCCAAAUCUUCCUGCUUCUCCUAACCCCGGGAUGGGCAUCAGAAAUCCAGAAGAUUUACAUCAUCCAGGGGGACUCCGCCGAGCUGGCCUGCCCCCCGCCGGACCUGCUGGAAGGAGACGAGCAGCUGUCCUGGUUCCACAACCUCCUCUCUAACCGCACCACACGGACGGUGGUCCAGGUGCCCGUGGCCGGGGGGUCCCCGGUGAUGGGCGAGGGCAUGGGCACCAGGCUGAGGCUGCAGAGGAACCACUCGCUCAGGCUGGACGGGGUCCGGGAAGGAGACGCCGGACGAUAUUGGUGUUCCGUGAGGGGCCCGGCCUGGGACUAUCAGAACUGGAAGAUGUACGAGGUCACCGUGCUGAGAGGCACCCAACUGACGGCCCACACCGGGGCCGGGGCCCCCUGCUCCAUCCUCAUCUGCUCGGUGGCCUCGGCUCUGCCCCCGGACCCCAUACUGUGGCACGAAGGGUCCGGCCGGGUCAAGGGCCGGACCCAGGUCUUCAACCAGGCCAACGCCACCCUGCUGCUCCUCUGCCCCCGGGAGGUGCCCGGAGAAGGCCGAUCCAAGAAGCCGAGGAACAUCCGAUGCGUUCUGAAUAAGGACAAGGGGAUCAACUUCAUCCUGCCAGACAACGAGGGAAGGAGAAUCCAUCCCACCGCCUACCCUUCUUCCCUUCCAUCCUCCCUUCCAGCCACUUCUGGAGUCUCCAGUUUCACCCACUGUGACUCUACCAGGGGUUGGGAUAUCACCCGGAUCCUGCUGCUGUUGUGUGUGUUGAGCCAAGUCCUGGCCAUCCUGGUCCUGGGCUUUAUGGUCUGGAAGCGCAGAGACCGGGCGGCCCAGCAGGGAGGCACCUCAACUUCUGAAUUCAAACCCGAGAUUCAGGUCUAUGAAAACAUCCAUUCCUCUAUGGCCUGCCCCUCAGCUGCCAAGGCCAUGUGACCUCCCUGAUGAGAUCAGCAGGGACGGAAGGACUCCGGUUUCCUGGCAAAGCCAGGUGCAGUUCCUGUGACACCAUCAGGAGCCCAGCUUCACUGAUGUUGCCUCCCCUCCGGUCUCCUAGCAACAGUGUGUAUGUGUGUGUAGAGGCGGGGAAUGGUCCAUUCACUGAUGUCAUCAGCGAUUUCACCCCUCAUCUCUUAGCAAUGUGUGGUGGCCCAUCCAAGCUAGUGCCACUGUGAUGAUUGUGAGGGUCCCAAAGCAAUGUCCGCUUCUCCCUGACACCACUCCAAGUGGUAAACACACACACACAAACACACCCCACACAGCCUUCCCCCCACUUCAGUGAAAAGAGCCUGGGUCUAGGAAUCACAGGCCCUGAGUUUUAGUUCUGGCCCCACCACUUGUCUGCUGUGUGACUUCGGGCAAGCCACCUCACUUCUCUGGGCCUCAAUCA